UACCAUCUCAACAAUAAAACAAAUAGAGACCUUCUUAAGCAUACACAAGCUGACAACGCAGAGAAAAGCCCUACAGUUUUGUUCCCCAGCGAUGAUAUGAUAUGCUGUGCUAACAGUAAAAAUAUAUGCUAAUGAAUGAUAUUGUCUUAAAAUAUAAGAUGACUUGUUUAACUAAUGUAAACGUCAAAAACUAUGGUCAACGUGAAGCUAACUACUCACUCCUCUGGACACCAUCCAUAGCUGGAGACAUGUCACUCAAGAGGGAAAUCCGUAAUGCGCAUGCGUCAGUCAUAUAGAUCUGUUAUUGUCACGUGACAGCUGACGCAAUGCCACUACUUUGGCUGAGUAGUUAAGGUAACGCUGGCUACUAGAAAUUAUAAAAUAUUUAGAAACACAUUCUGCUGACGUGUAGAGGAAAUUAAUACACACCUAAAUUGAUUUCUUCUCUGAGCGUCGAAUCAUUUGAAGCGGACUUGGUGUACAAGCUCGAAACCAUCCAAAAGCGCUAAUGUUAAUACUAGCAUUAGCAUUAGCAUAAGCACCUCGGAAGGAGGAAAAUCCCGUGAGAGCUUCCGGACAACGGACUGAACUCACAUCUUCAGUUUUCAGUAUGCGGAACCGACAAAGGGGAUCCCAUCUGGGCUUGAUGCUUCUCGCCUCCCAGGUGUUUCAGAUGGGCCUGGACAACAUCCCCCCAGUCACUCUGGCUGUCCUGGGACUCAAUGUGUACCUUUACCUGUUCCCCGCAGCUCCACUGAUGCAGACCUGUGUGAGUGUUCAGCAGGCCUACUGGUUCAAAGACUGGCGCCGCCUUCUGCUCUCCCCGCUACACCAUGCGGAUGAUUGGCACCUCUACUUCAACAUGCUCUCCUUCCUCUGGAAGGGCACCAAGCUGGAGCGACGGCUGGGUGGCCCAUGGUUCCUCUACCUGCUGUCAGUCUUCUCUCUGAUCACCGGACUGGUCUAUUUGGCGUUGGAGGCCUUGUUGACGGAGCUCACCCAGGACCAAUCCUACAGCAUGGCCUGUGCUGUCGGCUUCUCAGGUGUCCUGUUUGCUCUGAAGGUGGUCAGUAACCAUUACCAUCCUGGAGGUGUGACCUAUGUGAUGGGUUUCCCCGUGUCUAAUAGCUAUGUCAGCUGGGUAGAGCUUGUGCUGAUCCACAUAACAUCACCUGGGACCUCUUUUGUCGGUCACCUGGCGGGUAUCCUGGUGGGUCUGCUAUAUACUGCUGGACCGCUGAAGGCUGUCAUGAAGACAUGUGCAGGGUUUGUAACAUUAAAUGGAUAUAGCUCCCGGGCCAACGCAUACUACCACUCUACAGGCACUACAGGCUACAGCAGCGCGGGUGGAGGAUACUCGGGAUACCGUCAGUCUCCACCAGAUUACACAACGACUCGUGCAGCAUCUUAUGCAGGCGGACUGACGGAAGAGGAGCAGAUCGAGGCGGCCAUCAGAAACAGCUUGCAUGACAGAGGACAAAGCAGCCAGAGAGGUGCUCCCCCUCCUUAUGGUUUCCGCCCCUUUGAGGAGGCGACAGCUGAGGACGUCAGGUUGAGGAGACUCAGGCGAUUCGACAACUGAGCGGCCAGGCCAGCGGAGAAAGGAGAAGAAGGAAAAGAAGAAGCUGUAGGUGCCGAGAGACGAGCUCCCUCCUGAGGUCUGACUUUGCUUCACACAGGCAUGACAAGGUCCAACCAACAGACAAAAACUUUGAACAGCUUUUUUUAUUGUGUGGCCUCUUUUGCCUCUUCACCGGGAGUAAAUGUUUGCUUUUGAACUUGAAUGUGAACAACGAAAGAUUUUAACGGCGUAUGUGGGGGAAUUAAAAAGCAAGUUAAAGGGAACUUCAGUUUUUCUAUUGUUACAACUGCUUGAACUUGUGAGACAGAUACACAACAUAAUAUCACAUUUGUACUUCUUUUACUUCAUCCAACCGCACCCUGGUGAAUCAAAUCUGGUGUCACGCAUGUAUCUAGAGUAAACAGUGCUGCUCCUGGUCGCUGUUUCUGAGCUGCAACAAUCCGCGCUCACCUGUUAUAAGCAAUGUCAAUGUCCCAGUGUUUUAUUUCACCAAAACAUGCGUGGUAUUACUGUUGUUACUCAUGGCUCAGAACAUUGGUUUUUAGGACUAAGCUUCAUGAAAUCUCCUUUUUGUAGCAGCUGCAUCACAUUUCUACUUUGAGCAAAAGCUUUCAGCGAAAAGCGACGUCGCUGGCUCCGUUCCCCCUAAAGCCCUGAGGCAUGAUGGGAAAUAGGAUGACUUAAAUUAGAGACCCAAAGAGCCGUCAACCGCCACGGGCCCUAAAAGCCGUGUAGCGGUGCCAAACCUGUACGCCACGGUGUCGACUCAAAAAGAGUCUCGAAACACCCGGAACCCCCAGUGAGUUUGUGCAGCCCGACCCCACCGUGCCCAACGGGUUCAUUUGACAGUGGGCACAUUCCUUUUCCUUUUUUUGCACACUGCCAAAGGGGAGCGUCGGGCCCCAGUGGAGGAUGAAGGGGGGGCGGAUGGGGGGCGGUGACACACAGCGCACAGCAGGUGCCGCCCCACUGUUUUUGUGGGGGGGCAGGGGGGGGCUGUCCUAAUACCGGGCAAAACAGUGAUUUGUAUGUAUUUUAUACGCCGUUCCAAAGAUAUACUUACAGUAUUUACAUUUUUGUUACGCUUUAUAAAGACUGGGGAUAUUGUGUGUUGAUCUAUUUUUUUACUUGUUGAUGAUCAUCGUCAUGUCUACAUUACACUAAAGGAAGUUGGAACAAUACAGACCUGUGUCAUGUUUCUUAUUUAACAUAUGAUAGUUAUUAAUUACUUAAGUACUUAUGUUAAUACUUUAUACUCACUCAACUAUGUAUAUUAAUGGUUACUCCCACUACUUAAGAAACAACUACACUGCAGUUUAUGGCCAGUAUUCCUACUUUUGGCUAAAGGGAACAGAACAUUUUACAGCAUGAUUUAAAAUUUUAAACAUGGUUCUAAGUGAUUUAUAUUUUAGAAGCUAAGACUUCUGACUGGA